UGUCAGUAAAAAUGGUCCUUAGUCAAGGAACUACCACGGCGGGUCUUCCAUCAGUUUUUUAUCGAAAGUUAUCUUCUGUAUUUUCACUUGAGUAACGUCACUAAAAAACUCCCUAAUGGAAACCUGGUUUUGGAUUCUUGGCUGGUCUCUUUCCAUCGUAACCAUAGCUGGAAAUGGAUUUAUCAUUUUCCUUGUUUGUAGGCGACGGCGGCUUCGAACCAAAACCAACGCGUUUGUCGUUUCACUUGCUGUGGCAGAUUUCUGUGUUGGGCUGAGUGCCGUUCCCCCACUUUUUGUCUGCGAGAAGACAACUGGAUGCGAUCCUGAAGCCCCUUUUGCCAACAGGGUGGAUUAUCUAAGUCUAGUACAUAUCCUGAAGAACAAACAGUCAUGUGAUGAUAAAGAAUAUAAAAUACCUCUCCUCGUUUUAAACUCUGCCAUAAACCCUGUUGCUUACGCUUUCUUCAAGAGGGACAUAAAAGAGGAGGUGGAAAGACGCAUUUGCUGUGUGGUCUUGAAGAAGAGAAACAACAUUGAACCACUUAAUGAUUCAAGACUUUUUCCAAAUUAA